AUGAUUAGGUCCUACCCCUUCCGUGCCUCGUUGGGGACAAGGUACACUCUACAACCGAGAGCGGGCGCUCGCUAUACCAAACUUGGACCAGUAGAACUUCAGCGGAGGGUGUUUUGCAAAUCCACCCGUUAUGCCUCGGAGGAAAAGUCUCAGUCUUUCAAACAUCAGCUAUAUGAGAGCACACAACAGCGCCUCAAGAGGGAGCGUGCCGAGCAGGAGCGUUACUCAGAGUAUCAGACCCAAUCCCAGGGUGGUCGCUAUGCAGCUAUGAUGUUCGCAUUGACCUUCUUCUCCACCGGGGCUUACUUCUUAGGGUCCCUCAAACCCGCGAGCUUGCCUACGUCAUCAACCACUCCUAUAUAUGAAUCAGAGCCACUAAGACACAACGUCUCGCCGUCAAACCUACAGGCUGCAUGGGCAGACUUUGUUGAUAUCUUAGGGAAAGAGAAUGUCUCUACGGAACACAAUGACUUGGAGAUCCACUCGGGGUCUGACUGGUCUUCAUAUGCGCCGAAGACUGAUGAAAAACCCUUCCUGGUUCUCUAUCCCUCAACCACGGCAGAAGUUUCUCGCAUCAUGAAGGUGUGCCAUAAGCGGAUAAUCCCUGUCACGCCGUACUCUGGGGGGACAAGCUUGGAAGGACAUUUUGCACCCACAAGAGGCGGUGUUUGCAUCGACUUUCGUCGCAUGGAUCGUAUCUUAGAGGUUCACAAGGGGGACUUGGACGUUGUGGUUCAACCUGCCGUUGGCUGGGAGGAGCUUAACGAGAAGCUGUCCGAGGAUGGCUUGUUUUUCCCACCAGACCCCGGUCCUGGCGCUAUGAUCGGCGGCAUGGUUGGUACAGGCUGUUCCGGAACGAAUGCCUAUAGGUAUGGAACCAUGCGCGAGUGGGUGCUUUCCCUAACGGUCGUCCUUGCCGAUGGGACAGUCAUCAAGACAAGGCAACGUCCGCGGAAGUCGAGUGCUGGGUAUGAUCUCACUAGGCUAUUCAUUGGCAGCGAAGGUACACUUGGGCUAGUGACAGAAGCAACGCUAAAAUUGACUGUUAAGCCCAAAAGUCAAAAUGUUGCCGUUGCAAGCUUCCAGACGAUACAGGAUGCGGCGGAAUGUGUCACACGUGUAGUAGAGGAAGGCAUUCCCGUUGCCGGACUGGAGAUCCUGGAUGACGUCCAGAUGAAGUGUAUCAAUGCCAGUCAGACGACCAGCCGACAAUGGAAAGAGACACCUACACUCUUCUUCAAAUUCACAGGGACGCCCUUGGGCGUCAAAGAACAGAUAAACCUUGUGCAGAAGAUUGUUUCUUCCUCGGCAGGGAAGUCCUUUGAGUUUGCACGCGGUGAUGCGGAAAUGCAGGAACUGUGGAGUGCCCGCAAAGAGGCUUUGUGGAGUGUAAUGGCUAUGCGAAGAGGCCCCGAAGACCAUGUUUGGACAACGGAUGUGGCAGUACCUAUGAGCAAACUGCCCCAGAUAAUUGAAACCACAAAACAAGAUAUGACUGAAAGUGGUCUUUUGGCAGGUAUCUGUGGCCACGUCGGAGAUGGUAAUUUCCAUGCCAUCAUCCUCUUUAAUGAGAGCGAGAAAAGGGCUGCAGAGGCUGUGGUUCACCGGAUGGUGAAGCGAGCCAUUCAGCUGGAAGGCACAGUUACAGGAGAACAUGGCGUCGGUCUGGUCAAACGAGAUUAUUUGGAGCAUGAAUUGGGCGAACGCACUGUGGACGCCAUGCGUCGGCUCAAACUUGCUUUCGACCCUCUCUGCCUCCUUAACCCCGACAAAGUUGUCCGUGUGGAGCCGCCGACGGCUGAUGAGAUCAAAAAAUGGUGA